AUGACGCCUUCCGCAACGGAGACGCAAUGGAGCCAUGAAUACGACACGCUUCGUCGCCAAAGCUUGUUCCAGAAUCCUCCGGCCGACCACACCGCCUAUCCCGCCCUUCAACUAGCCGUCGACCCGCACAUCGAGUCUUUCAACGGCAUCUUUCGCGACGAUGGCAAGCCCGGCUUGCUUGCGCAUGGCCUCGUGGACAUUGGCUCCAAGAUCUUCCUAGACGGCGACGACAGCACCGGGCCCGACGGACGGAAUCGGCUGAGCAUACGGGUCAAGGAUGUGACCUUGCAAAAGCCGCAGUGCAGAGAACGCCAUGUCACAUACAGAGGAAAGUUGUCGGCAACGUUUGAGUACACCAUCAACGGCGGCGACCCGAUGGAGUUUACGCGAGACUUGGGGCAGGUGCCCGUCAUGGUAAAAUCUAAUCGCUGCCACCUGGAAAACAACUCCCCCGAACUGCUCGUCCAGCGCAAGGAAGAGUCCGAGGAGCUGGGCGGCUACUUCAUCGUCAACGGCAUUGAGAAAAUCACCCGCCUGCUGCAGAUGAACAAGAGAAACUUCCCCAUGGCGAUCACUCGGCCGAGCUUUGUGAACCGUGGCCCCGGAUACACGCCCUACGGUAUAAUCGUUCGCUCUGUCCGGCCGGAUGAAACGUCGCAGACCAACGUGCUGCACUACCUUCACGACGGGAACAUCACGUUCCGCUUCUCCUGGCGGAAAAACGAAUACCUCGUGCCCGUCCUGAUGAUCCUCAGGGCCCUGGUGGAGACGAAUGAUCGUGAGAUCUUUGAGGGAGUCAUUGGCCCCAUGGGCUGCAAGUCGACGGGCAAUACGUUCCUGACGGACCGAGUCGAGCUGCUGCUGAGAACAUACAAGAGCUAUCGCCUGUACGGCAAGGCGGAGACGCGCGCUUUCUUGGGAUCAAAGUUCCGAAUCGUCCUGGGCGUGCCGGAAACCUUGUCGGAUUACGACGUGGGCACCGAGUUUCUGCGGAAGAUUGCCCUGGUUCACCUUGGCAACAUCAACGUGACGGCGGAGCAGGACAAUGACAAGUUCCGCAUGCUGCUCUUCAUGAUUCGAAAGCUGUACGCGCUGGCUGAUGGCGAAUGCGCCGUCGACAACCCGGAUGCCGUGCAGAACCAGGAAAUCCUGCUGGGCGGGUUUUUGUACAGCCAAAUCCUCAAGGAGAGGCUGGACGAGUUCCUCGGCGUCAAUGUCCGCGCGUCUCUGCGAGACUACUUCCGCAGGAACCCGACGGUACGUUUCACGUCCGAGGACUUUCGCCGAGAGUUUCCCUCUGGGAUUUUCAGAAAGGCCAACGAGAACAUUGGAAACGCUCUCGAGUACUUCCUCUCCACCGGCAACAUGCAAAGCCCCUCGGGGCUGGACCUGCAGCAGACGGCCGGCUUCACUGUUGUCGCCGAGAAGCUCAACUUCUUGCGCUUCAUCAGCCACUUCCGCAUGGUUCAUCGCGGCGCCUUUUUCGCCCAGCUCAAGACGACGGCGUGCAAGAUCAUGACGGAUUCGAUCGACGUCUCUCGGCUGCCGGCCCUGGCCACGGAACUGGGCAUUGUGCCCACGUCGUCUGCUUCGACCGACGAAAGCGUCGUCGUCAUGCUGGACGGCAAGAUCCUCGGCUACUGCAGCCCCAAAGAGACUCGACGCAUCGCCGACUGCUUCCGCCACUGGAAGGUCGAGGGGACGCACGGCGUGCCGCUGCACCUGGAGAUUGGAUAUGUGCCGCCCUCCAAUGGCGGAUCGUACCCCGGCCUGUACAUGGCGUCGGGCCCGUCGAGAAUGGUGCGGCCGACGACUUAUCUGCCCCUGCAAAAGGAAGACUACGUCGGCUCCUUCGAGCAGCCCUACAUGUCGAUAGCGGUUGUGCCGCAGGAGAUUGAGUCGGGCCAGUCGACGCACGUCGAGGUCUCCCCGACCAACAUACUGUCCAUCCUCGCCAACAUGACCCCUUUUUCCGACUUCAACCAAUCCCCGCGAAACAUGUACCAAUGCCAGAUGGGCAAGCAGUCGAUGGGGACGCCGGGCGCGGCCAUGCGGUACCGGACCGACAACAAGUCGUACAGGCUGCAGACGGGACAGACGCCGAUUGUGCGGGCUCCCCUGCACAACGCGUACGGCUUCGACAACUUCCCCAACGGCAUGAAUGCCGUCGUGGCCGUCAUCUCGUACACCGGGUACGACAUGGACGACGCCAUGAUCAUCAACAAGUCGGCGCACGAGAGGGGCUUCGGGCACGGCACCAUCUACAAGACCAAGAAGAUCAGCCUCAAGGACGACUCGAGGAUCAAGGUGACCAAGAGCGUGACCAAGGCCUUUGGCUUCGCGCCGCACAGCUAUGUCAGCGCGUCCUACCAAGGAAUGCUGGACGACGACGGCCUGCCACACGUCGGCCGGCUAAUGCAGGACGGCGAUGUCAUCUGCGCGUGGCACACGGUCACGACCGACUACAACGGGAACCUGGUCAACCUCGACGGCGUCACCCACUACGAAAAGUACAAGGACCAGGAGACGGGCUUCGUCGAAGAGGUUCGGCUGAUUGGGGCCGAGACGGGAUCCGAGCCCCUGCAGACCAUCUCGGUCAAGUUUCGCGUCCCCCGUUCGCCCGUCAUCGGCGACAAGUUUUCGUCGCGCCACGGGCAAAAGGGUGUUUGCUCGCAAAAGUGGCCUGCCGUGGACAUGCCCUUUUCCGAGUCGGGCAUCCAGCCCGACGUCAUCAUCAACCCGCACGCCUUUCCGUCGCGAAUGACGAUUGGCAUGUUUGUUGAGUCGCUGGCGGGCAAGGCCGGCGCGCUGCACGGGCUGGCCCAAGACUCGACGCCGUUCAAGUUUGACGAGCAGAACACGGCGGCAGACUACUUUGGGCACCAGCUGAUGAAGGCCGGCUACAGCUACCACGGCAACGAGCCCAUGUACUCGGGCAUCACGGGAGAGGAGCUGGGGGCCGACAUCUACAUCGGCGUCGUGUACUACCAGCGACUCAGGCACAUGGUCAACGACAAGUACCAGGGCAGGAAGAGGGGCGGCGGCAUCCGCGUGGGCGAGAUGGAGCGGGACGCGCUGCUCGCGCACGGGACCGCGUUUCUGCUGCAGGACCGGCUGCUCAACUGCUCCGACUACACGCGGUCGUGGAUCUGCCGGCGGUGCGGGUCGUUUUUGUCGGUGCAGCCGACGGUGUCGCAGUUUGCGCCGAGCAAGAAAAAGGCGCCGAGCAUGGUGCGGUGCCGCGGCUGCGCCGUCCGGCUGGACGAGCGCGAGGGCGUGGACCUGACGGAGGUGCAGGGCGAGAUCUGGGAGGACGGGCAGGGCGUCUGCUGGGUCGGGGGCGACGAGACGACGCAGGUGGUGAUUCCCGGGGCGCUCAAGUUCCUCGACGUCGAGCUGGCGGCCAUGGGGGUCAAGCUCAAGUACCGGGUGAGCAGGGGGGACGAGCCUCGCAAGGGGCCGCUGCGGCCGAUGGCGCGGCCGAGUGCCAUCCAGGCGUGA